AUGGCACCUCUGAGCCAGCUGAGUGGCCACGUGAACUCCACCUGUGGGGCAGAGAACUCCACGGGUGCCAGCCAGGCCCGCCCGCAUGCCUACUACGCCCUCUCCUACUGUGUGCUCAUCCUGGCCAUCGUCUUUGGCAACGGCCUGGUGUGUGUGGCUGUGCUGAGGGAGCGGGCCCUGCAAACCACCACCAACUACCUGGUGGUGAGCCUGGCUGUGGCAGACUUGCUGGUGGCCACCUCGGUGAUGCCCUGGGUGGUAUACCUGGAGGUGACAGGUGGAGUCUGGAAUCUCAGCCGUGUUUGCUGUGAUGUUUUUGUCUCCCUGGAUGUCAUGAUGUGUACAGCCAGCAUCCUGAACCUCUGUGCCAUCAGCAUAGACAGGUACACCGCGGUGGUCAUGCCAGUUCACUACCAGCAUGGCACAGGACAGAGCUCCUGUCGGCGUGUGGCCCUCAUGAUUACAGCCGUCUGGGUACUGGCCUUUGCCGUGUCCUGCCCUCUCCUCUUUGGCUUCAACACCACAGGGGACCCCACUGUCUGCUCCAUUUCCAACCCUGAUUUUGUCAUCUACUCUUCAGUGGUGUCCUUCUACCUGCCCUUUGGAGUGACUGUCCUCAUCUAUGCCAGAAUCUAUAUGGUGUUGAGACAAAGGAGAAGGAAACGGAUUCUCACUCGGCAGAACAGUCAGUGCAUCAGUGUCAGGCACAGCUUCCCCCAACAAUCCCUGUCUCCUGGACAGGCACACAUGGAGCUGAAGCACUACUACAGCAUCUGCCAAGACUCCGCCUUGGGGCGACCACACUUCCAAGAAGAAGGAGAGUUGAAAAAGGAGGAGAGGACUCGGAACUCCUUGAGCCCCACCAUGGCACCCAAGCUCAGCUUAGAGGUUCGAAAACUCAGUAAUGGGAGGUUAUCAACAUCCCUGAAACUGGGGCCCCUGCAACCUAGGGGAGUGCCACUUCGGGAGAAGAAGGCAACCCAAAUGGUGGCCAUUGUGCUUGGGACCUUCAUUGUCUGCUGGCUGCCCUUCUUCUUGACCCACAUUCUCAAUACCCACUGCCGUGCAUGCCAUGUGUCCUCAGAGCUCUACAGCGCCACCACGUGGCUGGGCUACGUGAACAGUGCCCUCAACCCUGUCAUCUACACCACCUUCAAUGUCGAGUUCCGCAAAGCCUUCCACAAGAUCCUGUCUUGCUAA